UCUCUUGCUGGCGUGAAGGGAGACCUCCUGAUUGACAUUGGCUCUGGCCCCACCAUCUAUCAGCUCCUCUCUGCUUGUGAAUCCUUCAAGACGAUCAUUGCUACUGACUACACUGAUCAGAACCUGCAGGAGCUAGAGAAGUGGCUGAAGAAGGAGCCAGGGGCCUUCGACUGGUCCCCAGUAGUGACCUACGUGUGUGAGCUCGAAGGGAACAGAGUGAAGGUGCAAGAGAAGGAGGAGAAACUGAGGCGGGCAGUCAAGCAGGUCCUGAAGUGUGAUGUGACCCAGAGCCGGCCACUGGGUGCCGCCUCCCUGCCCCUGGCGGACUGCCUGCUCAGCACGCUGUGCCUGGACGCCGCCUGCCCAGACCUCCCCACCUACCACACAGCCCUCAAGAACCUCAGCAGCCUGCUCAAGCCGGGGGGCUAUCUGGUGGUCGUGGAUGCCCUGAAGAGCAGUUACUACAUGAUUGGGGAGCAGAGGUUCUCCAGCCUCUCCCUGGACCGGGAGGCAGUCGAGGCUGCUGUGAGAGAGGCCGGCUAUGCCAUCAAGCAGUUUGAUGUGAUCUCACAAAGUUAUUCUUCCACCGUGGCCAACAACGAAGGCCUUUUCUUCCUGGUGGGGCAGAAGCUGAGCAGAUCUGCAUGACACCUUGUGACCACAAUUGAAGGCACUUCCUUGACUUA